AUGUGGACGCCGUUGUUGGCGUUCCUUCCUCUGAUUACGGCGAUGCGAGUCGAUCCGGAACGAAUCGCAGCUCGAUUGAGGAUCGAAGCUGAAAUCGAGAACGAUCGUGAGAUUAAACGUAGCGGACGAGAUCGUAGGCAAUUACAACCGAAAGAGAUUAGUAUACAAGUUACUGCUCCGUUAUUUUCUUCACGAUUAUUCGAAUACGGUAAAGAUGCAGAGGACAAUGAAGUGCCACAAGCGUUAGAUGUUGGGAAAAAGGUCCAAUUGACAAAUCCACUAAACUAUUACGGCGAAGACUAUAACACUGUCUAUGUGCUUUCAAACGGUGCUAUUGGUUUUGAAGCAAAUGCACGGACGUAUAAGGCUGGAUUAUUCCCGAAUGGAGCGCGGUUGAUCGCCCCAUUCUGGAAUCGAAACGAUCUACGAAAAGGCGGUCAUGUUUAUUAUAGAGAAGUUACAAAAGGUCGAGUAUUGGAACGCGGCCAAAGCGAAAUACGCUAUCAAUACGAUCGAUCGGUACAUGUGAAAUCGGCGGUGAUUGUUACUUGGGAAAAAAUGCAACCGUUGGAAGGUACAACGGCACUUCCGGAAGAGAAUACCAACACUUUUCAAGCAGCUCUGUUUAUUACUGACAAUGGAACGUAUGCGAACUUUAUCUACAGCAAUAUUGGAUGGACCCAGGGAGCGGAGGAAUGCAAACCGGCCUCGACGCUCUGGAAUUGCGGUCCGUCUAAAAGGAUUUCGCCUCCACCCCGACCACCACCACCACCUCCUCCUCAUCGACUACGUAGAAGAUGCUUUCGUUUAGCGAAACAAGCUGGGUUCAAUCGUGGCGAUGGUUCCGAGCACUACGCUCUACCGACAUCUGGCACCGGAAACAUUAUGUAUCUGGAAGAGUACGGUAACACUGGGAUUCCUGGCGAAUGGAUGUUUGAACUGGGAGAAACCAGAGUUGUUCGUUGCAAACAGGGAAUCAAAGGAGACACUUGUGAUGAAGAGUGCACUGCCGGUGAAUGGGGUGCGGAUUGCGCAUCGUGCUGUCAUUGCGGUGAUGGGACCUGCCAUCCGCUCACUGGAGAAUGUCCCAGAGGAUGUGCAGAAUGUUGGUUGGGAGGGAAUUGUCAAACAAAGAAGGAAAAUUGUCAUGCGAGGGCAUCAGCUCAAUGUGCACCAAACGCCAUCUCCUUCACUGACUACGAUCGCUGCGGUGAACCGUUGCAGAGAUGUCAGUGCUUGUCCGGAUUCAGCGGUGAUGGAUACAAAAAUUGUCAUGACAUUGACGAAUGCCGCGAGCAGGUGUGUCAUAAGAACGCCGUGUGCACAAACACUCCAGGGCGCUACUUCUGCCAAUGUGGAGAAGGCUUCUCAGGUGACGGAGUAACGGAAUGUGUCGCCUCGUUCCUCUUCCCGUCCGAUGGACAUCAGCCAUUACCGAAGAGUAAGGCGUCCAAGGUUUUGUGGCAGUUAAAGUCGCCAAUGAAACUGUUUGGAAGUUCGUACGACAAGAUUACGAUCACAGCAUCCGGUCUGCUCUCGUUGACAGAUGUCUCGAAAACAAGCGGUGAAAAGCUGGAAGAAAUGAAAAUGAUUGGAGUUGCACCAUUUUUUGCACCAAUCGACACUAGUCGAGGAGGACAUGUGACCGUAGCUGAAGUUACUGAUUCGGAGACACUCACUCGUGUAACACGUAAUAUCCAGGAGAAAUAUGAUGAGCCAUCGUUCCAAGCAAAGAGUGUUCUCAUAGUGACUUACAUGAAUGUCACCGAUGGAAAAACUCAGAGAGGCAACACCUUCCAAACAUUGCUCAUCAGUGGAACGAACGCUAAAAAAGAAAAGAUGACAUUUGCGGAAUUACUUUACAAGGAUAUGCAAUGGGGAGAAGGAGCUGAGGCUGGAAUCAUGACCAACGAUAUCUCUUCCUCAGUCACUCUUCCAGGAUCGGGAACUCAAGGAAUUGAACAACUCACUCAGCUGAGCAACGUUGGACAACCAGGCGUAUGGUUGUUCAGAGUCGAUGAACCAUCAAUUCAACCAUGUCCAUUGGCGGGACAACAACCACCGUACUGUCAGAAGAAAACUCGUCCUACCGACAGAAUCUUGACAUCACGGCCUCCUCAGAAAAUUCGUCCUCCCGUCGUUUCACAUGACGCUGAUCCUCAUGUUGAAGGCGUAUCAGUGGUAGGUGUUCCUGUUGGAGCACCUCGUACUAUUCAACCUCAACUUGAAACAAUUAGAACUCAUAACACUAUCGGAAAUACGCAACUGGAGAUCUCCGUCACCACAGCUCCGAUCUUCCCAGAACGAACAACACCACCGAAAACAACUCGUCCACGUCCAAGAUAUGAGAGUACUCCACACCGUCCGAUUGUUUCUCUUGGCGAUAACGAUUUUGAAGAACUCGAACCGGAUGUUUUCGAAAUUACCUUCCCACCGUUUGUCACAGUCAUUCCAGAGGUCUUCACUUCGAAACCCAAACAACUUCCAGAUUUUACCGUUCAGGAGUCAUCCACUAUCACUACUCGAGCUUUGACAACUACGGAAGCAACAUUCCCUACAUUCAAGCUAUCAGAUGCAGAGGAAACGCUUGUCACAGUAGCACCUGUGAAAGCUCAACCUCAGACAACCAUGAAACAAAAAACUCCAUCGGUGGAAGAAACCUUUGGAACAGGUGAACCUCUGAAAGAGGAAGAUUUGUUCGAAGUUCGAAUCGAACCCGAAAUGAUGCCAACUCUCACGAAAGAACACACUGGAGUGCAGAAUCUGGAGAAAACAGACACUAUGACAAAAGUACCUGAAGUGCAUACCACUGAAGAAGUUCCUGAAGUUCCUGAAAGACAUCUUACGACACCGUCAACAAAAGGAGCGCAGAUCUUCGUUUUCACUACGACGAAAGCGGUAAUCAUUGAAAUUUGA